UCGCCCUGGGGGGGGAUGGGCGGACUCGCCCCUCCCCCACCUCGGGCCGCGGGGGUGGGGGAGGGGCGGGCGGGGCUAUUUUGGGCUCCCGAAAGGCCAAAGGGGACCCGAGAAGGUCACGGGGGGGUCCCCCCCCCCCCCCCCGAUAUAAGGGGGAGCCCCCGGAGCCCCCCGAGACGGCCCCGGACACCCCACGCUCCCGGACCCUCCGGACACUCCGGACACCGCCGGACACUCGGACACUCGGACACUUCAGCCCCUCCGGACACUCCGGACACUCCCGGACACUCCGGACACUCGGACACUCGGACACACUCCGGACACUCGGACACUUCAGCCCCUCCGGACACCACCGGACACCACCGGACACUCCCGGACACUCCCGGACACUCACCGGACACUCACCGGACACUCCCGGACACUUCAGCCCCUCCGGACACUCGCGGUGGCCGCAGGAUGUCCCCCCCCGUGCCCGCGCUGACCCCCGAGCAGAAGAAGGAGCUGGCGGCCAUCGCCCAGCGCAUCGUGGCGCCCGGCAAGGGCAUCCUGGCUGCCGACGAGUCCACUGGCAGCAUCGCCAAGCGCCUGAGCUCGGUGGGCGCCGAGAACACGGAGGAGAACCGGCGCUGGUACCGGCAGCUGCUGUUCACGGCCGACAAGCGCGUGGAGCCGUGCAUCGGCGGCGUCAUCCUCUUCCACGAGACCAUGUACCAGAAGGCCGACGACGGGCGCCCCUUCCCGCAGGUCAUCCGCGACAAGGGCGCCCUGGUGGGCAUCAAGGUGGACAAGGGCGUGGUGCCCCUGGCUGGCACCAACGGCGAGACCACGACCCAGGGCCUGGACGGGCUGAUGGAGCGCUGUGCCCAGUACAAGAAGGACGGCGCUGACUUUGCCAAGUGGCGCUGCGUGCUGAAGAUCUCGGCGCACACGCCCACCCGCCUGGCCGUGAUGGAGAACGCCAACGUGCUGGCGCGCUACGCCAGCAUCUGCCAGCAGAACGGCAUCGUGCCCAUCGUGGAGCCCGAGAUCCUCCCGGACGGUGACCACGACCUGAAGACGUGCCAGUACGUCACCGAGAAGGUCCUGGCAGCCGUGUACAAGGCCCUCAGUGACCACCACGUGUACCUGGAGGGGACACUGCUGAAGCCCAACAUGGUGACGGGCGGCCACGCCUGUGCCACCAAGUACAGCCCCGAGGAGAUCGCCAUGGCAACCGUCACCGCGCUGCGCCGCACCGUGCCACCGGCCGUGCCAGGGAUCACGUUCCUGUCGGGUGGCCAGAGCGAGGAGGAGGCCUCUCUGAACCUCAACGCCAUCAACCGCUGUCCCCUGCCCCGGCCCUGGGCUCUGACCUUCUCCUACGGCCGCGCCCUGCAGGCCUCGGCCCUCAAGGCCUGGGCGGGCAAGAAGGACAACACCAAGGUGGCCCAGGAGGAGUACGUCAAGAGAGCCCUGGCCAACUCCCUGGCGUGUCAGGGCAAGUACACCCCGAGUGGCACCGCGGGGGCGGCGGCCAGCGAGUCCCUCUUCGUGUCCAACCACGCCUACUGACCGUGGUCAUCUGCUGACCUUCUGCUGACCUUCUGCUGACCUUCUGCUGACCUUCUGCUGACCUUCUGCUGACCUUCUGCUGACCUUCUGCUGACCACCCAACCACGCCUACUGACCGUGGUCAUCUGCGGCCACCGCGGCCACCAACGGCCAUCUGCUGACCUUCUGCUGACC